UCUGACCAAUCACAGGUCGCGCUCAGCGGCGAACGCCAAUCAGCGUCAGUACGCUUUUCAUAGUUGUCUUGAGCGAGUAAGGAAUUUCUGGAAAUUCGGAAUCUCCUGUAAUAAUCCCGAAUUUUGGAAUCAAGUCGUUAUUUUCUACCAAGGACGCAAUCAUCGUAAGCCAUGGCUCGUACAAAGCAGACCGCCCGUAAAUCCACAGGAGGAAAGGCUCCUCGUAAGCAGCUGGCCACCAAGGCUGCCCGUAAGAGCGCCCCGUCCACCGGAGGCGUGAAGAAGCCGCAUCGUUACAGACCUGGUACUGUCGCCCUUCGUGAGAUCAGGCGUUACCAGAAGUCCACCGAGUUGCUGAUCCGCAAGCUGCCGUUCCAGCGCUUGGUGCGUGAAAUUGCUCAGGACUUCAAGACCGAUCUCCGCUUCCAGAGCGCGGCCAUCGGUGCCCUUCAGGAGGCUAGUGAAGCUUACCUGGUUGGCCUGUUUGAAGACACUAACUUGUGCGCCAUCCACGCCAAGCGUGUCACAAUCAUGCCAAAGGACAUCCAAUUGGCCCGUCGUAUUCGAGGAGAGAGAGCUUAGAUUAAAGGAGUGUCAUUUUGCAUCAUAAUUAUAUCGUUUCAUCUGACGAAGAAGAGUGGAAGAAGAGUUGCGCGAAGGCAUUUAAUAACGAGUUCAUCAUCGGCCUGUUCACAAAAAUGACAGUAUGGGACUCUUAACACGAAGACUUGCAUUGUGUUUUUAAAUGUAGUAGUUGAUAAAGGUUCAUGAAUUAAUGUUUUUCCAUAACUUCAUGAUCUCUUAAGGUAAAAAAGCGCAAAUGAUUUUUGUUUCCCUGAAGGCAUGUACUUGAACACUGCACUGCAAGCAUAGCCAAGUGUUGCGGAAGGACAGAUAAAACAUUUUCAAGGGUUUGAGUAUGCUGCGAGUGACAGGAUGCCUUCCAAUUCAAAAUUGGAGUUGUCGUUAAAGACAAAAUUACAAGAACAAUAGUUGAAUGAAGUUUCCCUCAAAACAUUGUAUAACCUUUUGUAUGUAUUCCUUUGGUGUCAAUAAAAUAUUUGCAUCUAACAUAGUGUAAAAUCA